AUGUCUCCAAAUGAGGAAGAUGAUGAAUCAUUAGAAUCAUCUAAUAGUACAUCAUCGAAUACACAAAAUUUUGCCCAAAAUAGAAACCAAAAAUUCACAAAAAGGCCACGCUCGCAAGAAAAGACAAAAAAAAGAUCUGCUGGAAAUGUCAUUGAAGUACCUACCAAGAUCACUCAAAUGGAAAUAAAUAAUACAUCAGAACAUUUACCACUCUCAGACGUGUCUAAUGACUUGCUUGGGAACAAGCGUGGAAAGGCUCUAGCGACACUAGCAUUCGAAUCCUAUAUGACGUCUACUACAAACAUGUAUAGCAUGGUAUACCCAGAUCGUCCUGUUAAUAAUUCAAUUAAAUCGAAAUACCAAAACAAUUCUCGGUCACAGUUGCCGCCUUUAGCUCGGUCGCCAAUAGAAACAAGAGUACCUACAAUAAUCAUCACACCACCAACACCAACACUAACACCUUUACAAACAUACUCAACACAUACAUGUAAAAGCCCAGUACUAAAGGGCAACGAAAGACACAUCAUCGAUAAUAUUGAAAGAAAUGCUUACGAAAAAGCCGUUCCCCAAAGGUUAAAAGAUAGUAUAGAAAAACAACUUGAAAAUGCGAAAGAACUGUUUGAAAGAAAGAAGGCCAAGUGCAGUAGGGAAUCAUUUUACUCUAAACUAUCUCCAACCCACCCUAGUCGGAUACAUCAGACAGCUGUCGUUGAUGAGGAGAUUGUGAUACUUCCCCUCGAAACUCAACACUCUUUGUAUGACUCUGAAUCAGAAAAAGAGUCGGGAGAUGAUAGCAAAGACUCUGAAGAAUCCAUUCCGCCGCCAUAUACUAGAAAACGACAGCCAAAAUUACGAGAACAUAAAGCCGUAAAACAUUGGUCUUUCGUUGAAACCGAGAUGUUUUAUAUAAUUCUUAAACAUUGUGGUCCAGACUUUUCGUACAUGCGCGAGUUCCUGGAGAACAGGACAUAUGACCAAAUCCACAAAAAGUUUUUAUAUGAGGAAAAUUACCAUCCAUGGAGGAUAACCCAAUGCUUUAAGGAUCACUUCACUGUAUAA